AUGUCACAAACACCCAGUUCUGAUGAGGAAGAUGAUUUUAAGGCUGUCAGCUCCGCCAAUUAUCAGCGAAUUCAGGACAAAGUCACAAAGAUAAACUAUGCCGAUGGCAUUGCGGAUGGACGUGAAGAUGUUUUCCAACUCAGCUUCGAUCAGGGUUAUGCAGAUGGACUUUCUACAGGUUUUGAAUUGGCCAAAUACAAAUCUUUUUGUGAUACACUUGCCACAUCAGCCGAUAAGGAAAACAAUGAAGUAGACUUAUACAAGAAGCUUCAGCUUGGCAAAGCCACCGAUCAAAAACAUUUCAAAUAUUUGGAACAUCAAAAUGAAUCCCUGCACGUGGUUUCGGAUAAGCAAAAGGCCUAUCUGGAUAAUUUAUUGGGCCAAUUUAGUACAGAGUUGCCCGAAACUAGUAGUUUAUUCACUUCCAAAUGAUUUUCUGGCUUUAAUCUGGGUUUUUAUGCAUGUAUGUGAGGAGGACACUAUUAAAAAUUAUUGAAAUGUUAA